AUGGCUCGUACAAAGGCUGGUGUUGAGGUUCAGAAACAAAUUUACUAUGUGCCAACCCAGGUAGACCCGUUAGCAAUCGCCUCGAAGCGAGCUUUGCGCCAAAUCCUUCUGGUCAAAUUGAUCGUACUGCCUAUGGAAGGACCCAGAAUCGUUUAUUCCGAGGUCGACGACACAAGCAAAUCCACCGUCAGUCAGCACAAAGGCGAGCGGUGGGUUUUCAUCAAUGGUUGUGCAUGUGGUCAAGGCAAUUUCCAAGGAGAUGUCAACCGUUUGGCACAGGUCUUUGGUCGCCAAGUGAUGGGCAUCCAUAACCAGACGUAUGGCCUGCUAGCCGAUAUUCUGGAGUGCUUGGUGCAGCGUGUCUUCGCCUAUACAACAACGGAUGUACGGGUAGCCUACGAGCAAAUCAAGGUCAUCAUCUGCGAUCCAUGGGUCUCAAAGGUGAUCUUGAUUGGCCAUUCACAAGGUGGAAUAAUCAUUUCUCUAGUUUUGGACGAACUGUUCUCGGAGUUGCCUGCUUCAAUCAUGUCGAAACUCGAGGUCUACACUUUCGGGUCAGCCGCUUCACAUUUUUCUAACCCUCCAAUGUCAACGGUAGCUGUCCCCGAAAAGGAUGAGCAUUUCACGAUUAGUAAGGGUCUCAAGAGAUCCCGAUACGUCAUCUCUCACGUUGAGCAGUAA